AUGUUCCGUUUAGUUAUUGUGAUCUUGAGCGUAUUGUCUCUGGUUCGGGGAGAUCUUUCUGGUUUAGAUGAUCGUGUCGUCAAUGGCAGAGCUGGUUCAAUUCAAGAGUUUCCAUUUAUGGUCUCUAUCCAGCAAAAUGGUAGACACUUUUGCGGAGGAAGUCUAUUAAAUGCAGAAUGGAUCUUAACAGCGGGACAUUGUAUUCUGGACAUCAUUAGGGCUGGACAAGUUAAAACUAUUAAAGUUCGUGCUGGAAGUUCUGUAUAUAAUACCGGUGGUGUCGUCAGGAAUGUUCAAUCGGCAGCUUGUCACGAGCUUUAUGAUCCUGCUAAUAUGAUAUAUGAUGUUGCAGUUUUAAGAGUAGAAGGAAGAUACGUUGAAAGUUCUGUUAUUAAAUUUAUUAAAUUAUUGACAUCCCCUAUUCCAUCCGGCAAACCAGUUGUAGUUAGUGGAUGGGGUCAAUUGAGCGAUAGGAAUACUAACCUUCCAAUGAAUAUACAAGCAACCGAGAUGUCAUACUUAAAUUACAAAGACUGUUCUCCAAUCCAUGGAAGGGCUCUACAUCAAUCGAUGAUUUGCGCAAUUGCACCUGGAAAAGAUGCUUGCAGAGGAGAUUCUGGCGGACCUUUAACAAUUCCCGGCACAAAUGUCCAAGUCGGAGUCGUAUCUUGGGGAAUUCAAUGUGCCGAUGCUGGACUUCCAGGUGUUUACGCUAAUGUCCUUGAUAGACAAAUCGUUGAUUUUCUGCAGCGUUACGUUGGAAAAUUAGCCUAAAAAAGCAAAUUUAAUAAAUAACAUUUUUUUCGCAUUAAAGUCUGUUAAUUUUUGUUUA